AUUCAGUCAAAAACGAAAGUAACUUUUUUCAGGGAGGGGCUGCUGUUGUGAACGUCUUUACUUUUUACACAUUUGUUGGGAAAAGGCGGAAAGUGUUCGAUCAGAUUGUGGGAAAAGUAAGAGUGUGAAUACUGACUUGAAAAGAGUCCACAUUAAAGAAGAGGAGAUAUCAGAGAUCCUAAAAUGCAUAAAGGGGCUUUGGAGGCAUAAAGAGGCUGAAUAGGCUGUAUUGUUUUUUCUCGUGCUGAGGAGGCUGAGAGCCAUUCCUGGGAAUGAACAUACAGCAAAAGAUUUAAAUUGAUUUUCUGUGAAUCAGGAAAGAUUAUUGCAUUGAUGGAAGGAAUCAACCUCAUUACGCUUUUACUCUUGUGGCUUCCGUUAUCCAUUUAUGGUAAAUUCACAAUUACUGGACCAGCACACCCUGUUAUAGCCAUUGUGGGUGAAGAUGCUACUUUGGGAUGUCAGGUUAUGCCAAGUUUACCCAUCAACAACAUAGUUGUGCGAUGGCUUAAAACAGAUCUUGGUUCAGCUGUAUACAUGUACAGGAAUGGAGAAGAUGACACUGCUACUCAGGAUCCUGAGUACAGAGGAAGAACUGAACUGUUUAAAAAUGAACUGACCAAAGGAAACAUUUCUCUUAAAAUAAAAAAUACAAGAGUGUUUGAUGAGGGGAAAUACAGAUGUUCAGUUGAUGAUGAAACUGAGUUUGAAGAGACUGUGGUUGAACUGAAAGUGGGAGGUUUGGGGCGUAAGCACUGGAUCCAGAUAGAGGGAAAUAAUAAACAAGGAAUUCAGCUAAUGUGUGAAUCUAAUGGAUGGUUCCCAAAGCCAAAGCUAAUGUGGUCUAGUGCAGAUGGACAAAAUUUAACAGCUCAGUCUGAAAUAAAUUACCACCGGGACACUCAAGGAUUGCUAACUGUGCAGAGCAGUGUAACUGUAACAAAAGAUUCGACAAACAGUUUCAAGUGUCUCAUACAGAACAACCUGUUGAAAAAAGAACAAGAAGUAACUAUCCAGAUAGCAGAUGACUUUUUCCCCGCUGUGUCAGGCUGGUUGGUUUUUUUAUGUCUGAUCCUCGGUCUUUUCAUAAUAGUUUUAAUUACUGGGAUCAUCUGGACUGUGAGAAAUUACAGAUGCAUCAAAGAACUUGAAUAUGACAAAUCUAUCAAACAAUACGACCAGUGGAAAUCUCUGAUUGAAUCAGAUUGGAAAAAGAUUUCUGAGUACAAGGUCAAUGUCACCCUGGAUACAAAAACUGCAAACCCAACGCUUGAAAUAUCUCAGGAUCAGAAAAAUGUGAGAUUGAUUCGAAAAGAAAGGAAUGUCCGUGACAAUGAAGAGAGGCUUAUAUGCUGGGAAUCUGUGCUGGGAUCAGAGGAAUUCACAUCAGGCUCACACUACUGGGAGGUGGAGGUUGUGGGGAAUCGACAAUGGAAUGUGGGAGUAGCCAUGGAGUCUGUGGAACGGAAGGAAGACAUUCGUUUGGUACCAAGUGGUAAAGUCUGGACAAUUGGGAGGGCUGACAAUCAAUUUCAAGCAAAUUCUGAAGAAAAAUUUGACAUCCCACACUAUGAGAUUCCCAAGAAGAUCGGUGUUUAUCUCAGUUAUAAUUCUGGAAUAGUUUCAUUUUAUAGUGCAAACACCAAGUCUCACCUCUACUCUUUCACUGGAUUUAAAUUCACAGAGAAACUUCAUCCAUUUUUCAGUACAGCACACUGUAACAAAUGGCUGAGAAUCUAGUCCAUUCAGGAUUAGUACUUUUGAAAAUCUCUCUGCUUUCAAGACAGGUUCCAGGUCAACACAGUUAGCUAAAAUAUCCUAUCAAAUGUGUAAAUAUGAAAUUCAACCUUGCACUCUAAGAUACGUUUUAUGUAAAAUAUCCAAAGUGAUUUUCAACAAUUAUGACAAUUAUUGUUGUUAAUAGGCUGGGAAUCCCAUUGAACAAAACCAGUAACUGCAACAGGGAGAAAACAACUUUUAAUUUCUAUUCCUAAGGAAUGUUAAAUAUUUUCUAAUAAUUAUCUGUUGAAUCUCUGAAUGAUAUUAGCAGCUUAGUGCAAAACAAUGUCUUCAACAAGGGUGUAGGUUUGCUCACUGAGCUGUAGGUUUGAUAUCCAGACUUUUCAUUACCUGGCUAGGUAACAUCAUCAGUGACGACCUCCAAGUGAAGCGAAGCUGUUGUCUCCUGCUUUCUAUUUAUAUCUUUCUCCUGGAUGGGAUUCCUGGAGUUUGUGGUGAUGUCAUUUCCUGUUCGUUUUCUGAGGGGUUGAUAAAUGGUAUCUAGAUCUAUGUGUUUGUUUAUGGCAUUGUGGUUGGAGUGCCAGGCCUCUAGAAAUUUUCUGGCAUGUCUUUGCUUAGACUGUCCCAGGAUAGAUGUGUUGUCCCAGUCGGAUUAGUGAUUUUUGUUUCAUCUGUGUGUAAGGCUACAAGGGAGAGAGGGUCAUGUCUUUUUGUGGCUAGCUGGUGUUCGUGUAUCCUGGUGGCUAACUUUCUUCCUGUUUGUCCUACUUAGUGUUUGUGGCAGUCCUUGAUUGCAAUUUUGUAGAUGACAUUGGUUUUGUUCAUGGUUUGUACUGGGUCUUUUAAGUGUAUUAGUUUUUGUUUGAGAGUGUUGGUGGGUUUGUGUGCUACUAGGAUUCCGAGGGGUCUUAGUAGUCUGGCUGUCAUUUCUGAAACUUCUUUGAUGUAUGGUAAGGUGGUUAGGGUUUCUGGCUGUGUUUGACCUGCUUGUCGUGGUUUGUUCUUGAGGAGUCUGCAGACUAUAUUUUUUUUGAGUAUCCGUUCUUCUUGAAUACGUUGUAUAGGUGGUUCUCCUGUUUUCUGAAGUUCAUCUGUGCUGCAGUGUGAGGUGGCUUGUUGGAAUAGUGUUCUGAUACAGUCUGCAGAUUCCUCAAGAACAAACCAUGACAAGCAGACCAAACAUAGCCAGAAAUCCUAACCACCUUACCGUACAUCAAAGACAUUUCAGAUAUGUUAUAAGUGAAUUCUGUCUAGGUAUUCUAAAUCUCCGGAGAAUAGUCCCUGACACUCGGCUAACUAUUCUACACUAGGGCUAUGGUUCAGAUCAACCGGGUUCUGCCUCCACACUCUGCUGACCGCGGACUGUCCUUUAACCCUUGACUUCAAGGGAGACUGUCCACAAGGUCCCGUCCUAGGAGGCGAACUCCAAGCUGUCAGCACCAGCCCUCAUCCCCUCCGGCUACCGCUUUUCCCGUGGCAAAUCGAAAUGCUGCGAGACACACAAAUGAGCAAUUGAUGUUUAUUCGAACUUGCAAGUUCGGGCGUCUUCCACGGGAUAGGAAGAGACCGCGACGGAAGAUUUUACAGCACUAAUAUUUAUACAUUAUUUUUACAUUUAAAAACAUUAGUGAUAAUUCCAUUGGUUAAAACAUCUCACGCUAUACAUUUUUCUUACAUUCAAAAUCAUUAAUGACAAUUCCAUUGGUUAAAACAUUUCACGCUUUUCUCUGCCAAUUCUUUAAUUAAAUGUUAUAUUAUUUUAACAA